UCUCCUGAGACAGACCUGAGUUCUUGCUCCGGUUCACAGGGCACUGUCACUGGGUCCCCGCAGAGCCUGAAUUACCAGAUAGUUCACGCCUACAAAGGUCCCUGUUUGUCUAUGAACUUUAAAAAAAACCUUCCGACUAUUAAUUUCGUUGUUACGGUCUGUACAAAACUUUAAUUUUGGCCAAAGGGGAAAAAAAUGGUUUGUAAUGAUUUAUUGGGCCCGUGGCAGCAUGGGGGACACGCUUCGGAAUAUAAGGUCUACAGCUUCCAUCAAGGGAACACUCAUGUGGUAGCUCCUGUCCAUCUUUCAAGACUGAGCUCACUUGGGACCUCCUCCGGGGAGCCUUUGCCGACCUCCAGCCUCCCAGCCCUCAUGAUCAUUGCCUUCGAUGAGUUGAGAACGGAUUUUAAGAGCCCCAUAGACCAGUGCAACCCCGUGCAUGCGAGGGAACGGCUGAGGAACAUCGAGCGCAUCUGCUUCCUUCUGCGCAAGCUGGUGCUGCCGGAGUACUCCAUCCACAGCCUCUUCUGCAUCAUGUUCCUGUGCGCGCAGGAGUGGCUCACCCUGGGGCUGAAUGUCCCGCUGCUGUUCUAUCACGUCUGGAGGUACUUCCACUGCCCAGCGGACAGCUCCGAGCUGGCCUACGACCCGCCGGUGGUCAUGAACGCAGACACCUUGAGCUACUGUCAGAAGGAGGCCUGGUGUAAGCUGGCCUUCUACCUCCUCUCCUUCUUCUACUACCUGUACUGCAUGAUCUACACUUUAGUGAGCUCUUAACUCAGAGACCACGCACGUCGUCAGAGACUGGACGGGAGCGCGCCGAGGCUGAGCAGUCGCUUCUGCGGGCGCCGGGAGAAGGGACGGGGUGGGGAUGUGAGGAGGAGACCCGGCCGACACUGACUGCCUCGGGAGGAACGGAGCGGCGGCAGCGGGAGCCGAGUUAACCGCCGUGCGUUGUCACCCGUGAACCACAGACUGCACUCUGCGUUCACACCCGCAUCCGGGCUGUAGAUCCCUCUGAGCUGCGGGGAGUGGGCGAGCAAACACAGACCGACCCUGCGCAAACAUCACUGUUUCCCAAGUCUGCUUCAUCCCACAACCCCCAGCUGGUCCGCUCUGGUCUCCUGGACCGUGGGAGUCGGGGCUGGGAGGCCCGAAGGUGCCUGCUACGGAACGGAACGGCCCAGAGUCAGGCUGAGUCUGUGGGACCCACUGAGGGCCUCAGAGGGCCUGGGCUGCCCAGGGCUCUAAGGUUUCCCCCCCGCCAGGGCCGGCCAUGCCCUUCACCUCCGCGGAGGGUCUGGAAGGUGUGCCAGGGCCUUCGCUGUGGCCAGCUUAGUGACACCCUGCGCUGGGUUUGGGGCAAUGCGUUGCUAAUAAAGUUACCCAAUG